AUGGCGGCAGGCGUGGCCACGUGGCUGCCUUUUGCGCGGGCGGCCGCGGUGGGCUGGCUGCCCCUGGCCCAGCAGCCUCUGCCCCCCGCGCCGGGGGUGAAGGCGUCCCGAGGGGACGAGGUUCUGGUGGUGAAUGUGAGCGGCCGGCGCUUCGAGACCUGGAAGAACACGCUGGACCGUUACCCAGACACCCUGCUAGGCAGCUCCGAGAAGGAAUUCUUCUAUGACGCGGACUCGGGCGAGUACUUCUUCGAUCGCGACCCGGACAUGUUCCGGCACGUGCUGAACUUCUACCGCACGGGCCGCCUGCACUGCCCGCGGCAGGAGUGCAUCCAGGCCUUCGACGAAGAGCUGGCUUUCUACGGCCUAGUGCCCGAGCUCGUGGGCGACUGCUGCCUCGAAGAGUACCGGGACCGCAAGAAGGAGAACGCCGAGCGCCUGGCGGAGGACGAGGAGGCCGAGCAGGCCGGCGAUGGCCCAGCCCUGCCGGCUGGCAGCUCCUUGAGGCAGCGGCUCUGGCGGGCCUUCGAGAACCCGCACACGAGCACCGCGGCCCUCGUUUUCUACUACGUAACGGGCUUUUUCAUCGCCGUCUCGGUCAUCGCCAACGUGGUGGAGACCAUCCCGUGCCGCGGCCCCGCGCGGCGGUCCCCGAGGGAGCAGCCCUGCGGCGACCGCUUCCCCCUGGCCUUUUUCUGCAUGGACACGGCCUGUGUGCUCAUAUUCACGGGCGAGUACCUCCUGCGGCUGUUCGCCGCCCCCAGCCGGUGCCGCUUCCUGCGGAGUGUAAUGAGCCUUAUCGACGUCGUGGCCAUCCUGCCCUACUACAUCGGGCUUUUCGUGCCCAAGAACGAGGAUGUCUCGGGCGCCUUCGUCACCCUGCGUGUGUUCCGGGUGUUCCGCAUCUUCAAGUUCUCCAGGCACUCACAGGGCUUGCGGAUUCUGGGCUACACCCUCAAGAGCUGUGCCUCUGAGCUCGGCUUUCUCCUCUUUUCCCUCACCAUGGCCAUCAUCAUCUUCGCCACUGUCAUGUUUUAUGCCGAGAAGGGCACAAACAAGACCAACUUUACUAGCAUCCCUGCGGCCUUCUGGUAUACCAUUGUCACCAUGACCACACUUGGCUAUGGAGACAUGGUGCCCAGCACCAUCGCUGGCAAGAUUUUCGGAUCCAUCUGCUCCCUCAGCGGUGUCCUGGUCAUCGCACUGCCUGUGCCGGUCAUCGUGUCCAACUUUAGCCGCAUCUACCACCAGAACCAGCGUGCUGACAAGCGCCGAGCACAACAGAAGGUGCGCUUGGCAAGGAUCCGGUUGGCAAAGAGUGGUACCACCAAUGCCUUCCUGCAGUACAAGCAGAACGGGGGCCUUGAGGACAGCGGCAGUGGGGAGGAACAGGCGCUGUGUGUCCGGAACCGGUCUGCUUUCGAGCAACAACAUCACCACCUCCUGCACUGUCUAGAGAAGACAACGUGCCAUGAGUUCACGGAUGAGCUGACUUUCAGUGAGGCUCUGGGCGCUGUCUCACUGGGGGGCCGCACGAGCCGCAGCACCUCUGUGUCCUCCCAGGCAGUGGGGCCCGGCGGCCUGCUGUCCUCCUGCUGCCCCCGCAGGGCCAAGCGCCGUGCCAUUCGCCUCGCCAACUCCACGGCUUCAGUCAGUCGCGGCAGCAUGCAGGAGCUGGACACACUGGCAGGGCUGCGCAGGAGCCCUGCCCCUCAGAGCCGCUCAAGCCUCAAUGCCAAGUCCCAUGACAGCCUCGACCUGAACUGCGACAGCCGGGACUUUGUGGCUGCCAUCAUCAGUAUCCCUACCCCUCCUGCCAACACGCCGGACGAGAGCCAACCUUCCUCCCCUGGUGGUGGUGGUGGGGCCAGCAGCACCCUCAGGAACUCCAGCCUGGGCACCCCUUGCCUCCUCCCGGAGACUGUCAAGAUCUCUUCCCUGUGA